UCAAAAGAUAACUGAUCAUACCAUCACACUUCAUCAAGCACUGAUGAUGAUCAUAUCAGUCAACACUUUCCAUAAAUAGAACCACCUCCCCUCCUGUUUUUUGAAAUCUCUCCCAUUUGUGUGGAUCUUUGUGCGAGCGCCUGUUUCAUGUAUCUAUUUCUAAAUUUAAUCUGGGCACCGUGUAAUGUUGGGAGUGUCUGCUGUGAUGCUGGACCUCUAUAAUUCUGUCUGGCUGAAGCCUGAUAAUGCAGUUAGGACACGAUUACCUGAAGACGUCUGGGAAUCUGCUGACUGAAGUAUUACAUUCUAGCAGUGCAAAGCUGUAGUCAUGGAGAGAAUCACAGCCGAGCGUACAGACGAAGAAGUGGGCAGGGAAACAGAGGAGGAAACAGAAGCGGAAAAAAGAAAGGAAGACGACCUCAGCGGUGUGGCGUGUCAGAAAGCCUGGGUGCCAACCAUCUACUUCAACGUUAGCAAGGAGAUUCAUUACUACGCCGGACAUGAAAUCAGGAUCUACGAGUCUCUUGAUUCUUAUGGCGCCGUCAUCUGGCCCGCGGGACUCGCACUUUGUGAGUAUCUGGAUUCUAAUCGAAGAACGAUUAAUCUGCAAGACAAAGCAGUCUUGGAGCUUGGAGCAGGAACUGGCUUGGUAUCCAUUGUGGCCAGCCUAUUGGGUGCUUGGGUAACUGCUAGUGACCUUCCUGACGUCCUGGGAAACCUGCGAUUUAACUUGCGCAGAACCACACGGGGGCACUGCAGAUAUACACCACAGGUGGCAGCGCUGUCAUGGGGUUACGACCUGGAAGAAACCUUUCCUCGGAAUGUUUAUCGAUAUGACUACGUUUUGGCCGCAGAUGUGGUCUAUCAUCAUGACUUCUUAGAUGAGCUGUUAGCAACCAUGCGCCAUUUCUGCCAACCAGGCACAACCCUGAUCUGGGCCAAUAAGAUCCGCUUUGCGUCUGAUCUGGUGUUUACGGAGAACUUUACGAAGACUUUUAACACCACGAUACUUGCAGAUCUGGGUGAGAUAAAAAUUUACUCUGCAACCACGAAAGAUGCUGAGGUAGAAACUCAUUUUCCAGUGCUGCUGUUAGAGGAUGCGGUGAAGCAGGAAAAGGAGUCGGAAGAGUGCGACUCUGGAGAGAUCAGCAAGAAGCAAGGUCAAUAUGCUAACGUGGAUGAACUGGAGGAAUUAGACAGAGAUACAAAGCAAAGGAAUGUCAAUGGAACAGGAGUCAAGUACAAAGAAGGAUCACAUGACUCCGAGAGGAAUGACCGACUGGUCUUCCAGAGAUCCUGUACACCCGGCACAGACGAUAAACUAGUAAAAGAUAUUUACGACUUUUUUGGCUACAAAAUCUGCAUUGAAAUACCCACCGGUGAGAUCACGUGUCCGGCGGCGGUGGCUUUAUGCAAAUUCCUAGAAACACCAGCAGGUCAAGAGCAGAUCGUUCUCCUCGACCGAACUGUACUAGAGCUGUGUGCAGACACUGGAUUGCUGUCAACAGUAGCUACAUUGUUGGGUGCCAGAGUAACAGCUACGGACCACCCGGAGAGCUUGGAGAAUCUAAGAAGUAACUUGCAUAAGAAUACGAGAGGUCGUCAAAGGCACGAACCACAAGUGAUAGCGCUAACCUGUGACUUCGAGCGAAACUUCCCUCAUUCCAAGUGUCAGUAUGAUUACGUGCUGGCAGCUGAGGCGCGCUACCACCACGACUGCUUCGCUGACCGAUUGGUUACCAUGAGACAUUUCUGCCAACCGGGCACAAAUCUGAUCUGGGCCAUUAAAGUGUGUUGCCCAUCUGACCGGGUCUUCAUUGAGGACUUCAAUAAAGCUUUCCAUACCACCAUGCUAGCAGAGCUGGAUGGGGUGAGGAUUUACUUAGCAACUCACAGAGCUACAGACAACAAAGAUGAUCUGACGAAGACAAUGAGCAGAGAAGAAGAGACGGAAGAGCGUCAGACGGCAUGGGACUAUACCGAGGAAGAGAGUUCAGCACGAGAAGAGACACAAAACUGCAAAGACAGACAGGUAGAUAUCAACAAAAAUGAGGUUGUUAUACAUCAACAGAAAGCGGAGGAUGAGCAAGAAGAAUAUACUGGAGAAAAUGACCGGGAGUAUGGAAGAUCUGGGAAAUGGGAAGAGUCGCAGGUUCACAGUGAAUCCGAAUCAUCCUCUACAGACGAAUCACAGGAACAGUUAUCUUGUCAGAGGAUUUGGGAAUCCAAGCUUUCCUACUUACCUGGUAAAGAGAUUCACUACUUCAUGGGACACAAAAUCAUCAUAGAGGAGUCAUUCGAUUCUUACGGUGCCAUGAUUUGGCCUGCGGCGAUUGCGCUCUGUAAAUUCCUGGAAACACCAGAUGGGAGGCAGCAAAUGAAUCUGCUUGAUAAAACAGUUCUGGAGAUUGGAGCAGGGACCGGGCUACUCUCAAUUGUCAUAACUUUGCUCGGUGCCAAAUUAACAGCCACUGAUCUGCCAGAAAUCUUGAGUAAUCUGAGGUAUAACCUCAAUCGGAAUACCAGGUGGCUGCGCAGACAUGAACCCGAAGUGAAAGAAUUGUCCUGGGGUUACGAGUUAGAGAAAACCUUCCCUCGCUCCUUACACCACUAUGACUAUGUGUUGGCAGCUGAUGUGGUUUACCAUCAUACCUUCCUAGAUGAGCUUCUAGCCACCAUGCAUCAUUUCUGUCAACGUGGCACAACUCUCAUCUGGGCCAAUAAGAUACGAUACCCAUCUGACCUGACUUUCUUAGAAAACUUCGAGAACACUUUCCAUACCACACUACUAGCAGAGCUGGAAGAAAUAAGGAUUUAUAGUGCCACGUAUAAGUCUUCGUAAAGACAAAAAAAAGGAGGACAAGAAUAAGCCGGUGAAGAAUGUUAACACAAAGACAUUUUGGAAUUUAAGCGCCCUCUGCUGACGGUAAUGUGAAGUGGACUUGCUGUGAAAACUGAAGCAUUCCACGUACUCCAUCACGUCUGAUGAAACUGCGCAUGCCUUGAGAGUUACCUUAUAAAGAGCGACUCCAGCAGCCUAUGGGGCAGUGUGUGACACCGUCUGCUACGUGCCUUAGCGCCCACGGAAAAACACUCCCUGUAUUUACUUGCUGGUGGAAGCUAUCGAGUUGUGUAAUUUGUUCGUUUUUACAGCUUAAACACUCUACAGACAGAA